AUGGCGGACGUCUGGGUUGGAGGUGAAAUUGGAGUUUUGAAAGGUAAGAUCAUUAGGACUGUGAUUGAAAGCUCCCUUUACAAUGCAGAAUAUAUUCAAGGAAUUGAAAUGAAAGCAGCAGUAACCACCCGGUUUUUUUUGUCGUGUAUAUAAUUAAGACGGUUCGCUUGGUCUCCGCACGUGUGACCAUUGGAACACAUCACUCUUAAAAUUUUUUCUCCCAUCGCACGUGUGGAUGGUACAGAAAUUCUGCCAAUGAACUUGAUUUAGUGUCAAAUAGACAGUGUAUAAGAAUUAAAAAUGGAUAUACAACAAAAUCCUAAGGUUCAGCCAGCGGAAGAAGUACAAACAUUCAUUCCUGUAGUUGCGAGAGAUUAACAAUGCGGCAAGAAACAGCUUUAAGUGAGAUAAUUGGCUGUCUAUAUUCACAAGAAAAAUGUUGAAAAUCUAGGGUUUGUAAAUUAAGUUCCUUUAAAGGGGUAAAAAAAAAGUUGAGAAGCAAAUGGUGCUAUUGUUACUUGCUCAGUUUCAUGUUAAAACUGACAACCUUUAUUCACUACGAAAUCAUUAUAAUUUACACAAAGUGCGGUGCUCGUCCUUAUGCUAAUUGCAUAUUUGUUCAUGCUGUGUAUGUGCGAAGGUGACAAUUACAUGGCGCAACACCUUUCCUCUUUUGAAAAAUUAAAGUUAAGGAUAGCACAAUAAUUUUACUCCAUAACAAAGUCCCUAAAUCUUGGGGGAGGCCUUUGUUGUCUCAUUGAACAGUGUAAUGUGGAUAUAGGCCCUUGUUCUCUCUCAGGAGAAGGCUCUACUGGUUGAUCUCUGUGUGUAGGUUUGCUUUCAGGCAAGGAUACAAUUUCCAGGUGGUCAUCUGCUCUUUCAUAUUUCUUCUCUGGUUCAACCUUUGCCUCUCUAAUCUGUGUGUGAUUCCUCUGAACUGGUCCCAUCAAGGUGUUAACAAUAUAAGACCUUGGUGCAGUACUUCCAAUAACUUUACCAUAUAUCCAAAAUUGGUGCUUAUUUGCAGGCCUUGGUUUCAGGAACACUUUUUCCCCCUUUGAAAACUCUCUAAGGGGCUGUGAGACCCUCUUGUUGUACUGAGCCAUUGAUCUUCACCUUCUUUCUGCAAUGUUUUCAUACACCAGACUUGGGGAUGCUGCCUGAGGGGUGAGUUGUAACCCUGUUGAGGUGUGUUUCUGUACCCUGUUGAGGUGUGUUUCUAGGAGAGCCAGAUAAAGAUCCUCUUUUUGAGAUUUCUUUGGAUGUUCUUGGCAAUUUUGACUGCUGACUCUGCUUUCCCAUUUCCCUGGCUGUAGUAAGGUGAUGAUUUGACUAUGGUGAAACCAUAUUCUUGAGCAAAUCUUAAGUAUUUGUGAAUUUUGAAUUGCGGGCCAUUGUCUAUCAUCAACUCAUCUGGGAUCUCAUGGCAAGCAAACUGUUACUUUAUUGAUCUGAUCACUGAGUUAGCUGUGGUGUUUCCGCUGAGGGAAUCAAGUUCAAUGUAAUCACUGUAAUGGUUGACCAUUGCAAGGUAGUUAUUUCUGUUUAAUUGGAAGAGGUCAGCACUUAUUUUUGACCAUAGUCUGGUCGGUAUUGUGUGAGAUUUCAUUGGUUCUUGUGGUUGCUUGCUAAAGUAUUGGGCACAAAGACCACAUGAAGGGUAUUAUUCCUUGAUUGCUGCUUGCUUUCCAGGCCAGAAAAGAGACUCACAUGCUCUUCUUAUACUGCUAUUGGCCCCUUGGUGCACUCUGUGUAUUUUCUGCAAUAUCUCUUCUAGUAAUGAAGAAGGGACAAUAGCUUAGUGAGAUUGAUAGGAUACUCCAUUGUAAACAGAAAUUUCAUCUCUGAAACUUCUAUACCGCCUUAGUUGCUUCAGCUUUUCCUUUCUUUCUGCAGGCCACCCACUAGUUAUUAAAUGACACAGGGAUACUAGGAUUGGAUUUUUAGUGGUCUCAUGUUUGAUUCAUUGUAUGGUUUCAAUAUCCAUCUCAGCUAAUUCCAUUGGGAACACUUCAAAUUCUUUCCUAGCACUGGUUGUUGAAGGAUGAUUAGUGACAGGAGCGUGAGACAAAGUAUUGGGAAUGUAAAGUUCCUUUCCUUUCUUAUAUUGAACUGAAAAUUGAUGUCUUUGUAGCUUGAGCAUCAUUUGCUGCAGUUGUUGAGGGGCUUUGCAGAGAGGCUUCUUGAAGAUUGUCUCGAGUGGUUGAUUAUCUGUAUGUACUGUGAUGUUGUGUCUUCUGUACAAGUACUAGUGCCACUUUUCCAUGCAAGAGACAAUUGCAAGACACUUCUUUUCAAUUUGAGUGCAAUUCUUCACGAUGCUUUUCGGUGUGUAUGAUGUGAAGCAAACAGGCUAAUUGUUUUGUAACAGUGUGCCUCCAAUUGCAUGUUCAGACGCAUACACUCAUAGAGUUAUGGGAAUAGUAGAGUCAUAGUGGUCUCUUCUGAGGUGUGGAAUAAAUCCCACCACUGCCACCAAGUUACUUGCUCAGUUCCAUGUUAAAAACUGACAACCUUUAUUCAUUACAGAAUCAUUACAAUUUAUACAAAGUGCGGUGCUCAUGUUUAUACUUAUUGCGUAGUUGUGCGUGCUGCGUGAGUGCGAAGCUGACAAUUACAUAGUGCAACACUAUGAUUACUUGUAUGCAAGGUGAGUUAAGCUUUGGAAGGAUUAGCACUUUUUAUGUUAGAAUUACGUUUGUUCAGCAAUGGUAAAUUUAUGAAAACAACUUAGAAAUGUAUCUUUGCUAUAUUUUGCCUUCUUUAACCACCAGAGGAUUUUUGGGUUCAUGCUGAUAGUUGUUUCAUUACUUUUCAGGAGUUGAUCUCAAGAAGUCAUCAUUCACAAAUCACAGCGUUGGGGAAAAUGCAAGUAGAAACCAUGAAAUAUGUUCCAUGUCCUGGAAUGAUGACAAUGAAAAUCAGGUAUUAUUUGCUUCACACCUUGCAGCUGAUAAUGAAGAUUGUCACACCAUGGGAGUUGACUGAAUUAUUCAUUGUGGUUAUUUUGGUGCAAAGUUUAAGACACAAGAUUGCAUAAUGUAAUGGAAUAUGAUAUAAAUUCCACUCUUCUGGCAGAUCCUGUUAGGAUCAGCAAAUGGUAUUGUCAAGACCUUUGAUGUAACAAAGAAGGAAUUUGUCAGUGAAUGGAGUCAUCCUGUGGGAAAAGGAAAGUUGAAAGGACUGUUCAAGUGGAACAGGUACAUUGUGUAUUGUACUGUUAGUGGAUAUGGUGGGUACUGUUAGUUUUGAAACACUUAGUUAGUACAUACUUUAUUAUCGUUUUUGUACUGGUUCAUUUCUAUUAAUAAGUCUUUCAUUAGUUAAUGAUUAUUACACAAUAAGUUUGUUAUCUUCUCCAAUCAAUUCCCAUUUAAGUACAUGUGUAAAGAUUCCACUUCAAUCAUUGCUACUAAAUUAUAGCUGCUAAAUCAUUGCUACUAAAUCAUCACUGUUAGAUAAUUGCUACAAGCUAUUUGCUACCAUUAGGAGCUAGACCAAAGUAAGUCUUUAUUUCUUUUACAUUUACAUUGUUUACCUUUUGUAUGUAUUAUUGGUGUAGUUUUUGUAUUCAGUUUUCAGUGCGAUUGCUUCGUUUUUAGAUAGGCUAAUGUUACAUUUUGCAACACAUUUUAUCUUAGUUUGGUUUCUGUUGUAUUUUCUUCUAGUUCGAACCACACACACACACAACCUCAACCGCUAUUUCUAUAAAGCAAAAUUACAUCUUAGCACUAUCAUCUAAAAUUAACAAAGAUCAGUUGGCAUUCUAUGUGCAUUUGAAUUGUUCGCUUAGCCACUUAGGUAACCUUCUGAAGCUACAGGUACAUUUGCUUGACUCAAGUUUGAAGAGGUCCAUGUUUAAGUCUAGGGGAGUAUCAAUGUAUUUUGUGCCUGGCCAAGACACUUUUUAAAUCACUAUAAUGCCCUACCCUACCCAAGAAUAGGAAUGGUGACCAUAGAUUUGCCUGGGAAAGGGAAUUAAAUUCUAUUUGGAAAUAACUUUUUAUUACUAGUACAUAUGUACAAGAUGUGUAUUGGUAUGGAGGUGCAUUGCAAUGAUUGUUUCACAAAAACUAAAGAAAUUCCUGCACGUGAUAGUUCUCUUUUUAUGUAAGAAUAAAGGACUUUAUUGACAAAAAGAAGACAACACAUGCCUCACAGUAUGGCUUCCCUAAGGCUCACUCUUCAGAUCAUGCAAUCUGUGAUACUGUCACAACUUUACAGAACAAUAUGGAUAAGCAUUAUUUUUGGUGUGGUGUUUUUAUUGAUUUAAAAAAAUUUUUGACAAUGUCAGUCACAAAAUAUUACUUGAUAGCCUUCAUUUUUAUGGUUUUUGAGGGAUUAUCAACAAGUGAUUCAAAUGCAACCAACUCAAACUAAAUCACACUUAUCAACUAAACUAAUUUCUCCCUGUGGUGUCCCUCAGGGUUUGGUUUCAGGACCACUCCUCUUUUUACUUUAUAUAAGUGAUAGCUCUGUAGCUCUGUUCCAGUAAAAAUUAAAUUUUUCUGAUUUAGUAAGGGCCUCAAGUCUUUAGAACAGACAGUCAAUGCUGAACAGAACUAUUUACAUGACUGGCAAACAAGAAAUAAAUUGACUUCACAAAAUAAGUAUAUUUGAUAGUGAAACAAAGAGUCAGUUUAGAACAUAAGAGUUACAUCAUUCAAGUAUUUAGAUGUUUUUUAAUCAAUGGAAUUCUUUCUUAGAAAAACCAAGUUGACUAUGUUAUCACAAAGAUGAGUAAGACCAUAGGAAUAAUUGCUAAACUGAGAUACUUUGUUCCAUCAUCUGUUCUUAUAAUGAUUUAUGAAUUCUUAAUUUUACCUUAUUUAAUAUAUGGACUCAUUGCUUGGGGUAAUGCGUCUAAAAACUAUCUAAACAAAAUUGUUAUUCUCCAAAAAGAAGUAUUACAUUUUUAAAAUCUACUUUAUUGAUAGAAAAAAACAUGCAAUCCCUUAUUUGUAAAGGCAAAAUGUCUACCUAUUACAAUCUUAUAUUAUGAAGCUGUAUGUAAAUUAAUGCUCUAUGUUUAUAAAGACAGUGCACCUUCUAACAUCAUGAAACUUUUUACAAGAAGGACAAGCAUCCAUACCUAUACCACCUGCUUGUCACAGUCACAACUCUUUAUUGUUAAGUACUCUAGGCUAAAAAUGCAAAGGAAGGCCUCUUCAGAUGUUAGUGUCAAAAUCUGAAAUGAGAUACCUAAUGAAUGUAAAAUUUGUUGAAGAAAUGCUUCAAAAAAGGAAACAAUAAGACUUCUCUUCAAUAUUUUAAAGACUGAAUAUUCCAGUAUGGAGACUGAUGAGAUGAUGCUAAAAUUCAAACAGAGCAAAUUUAAAACAAAUUGAACCAGUUCUACAAUAUGUUUUGUACACCUAGAAAUUCUAGGACUUUUCUCCUUUACGAUGAACGUCUUUCAUUUUCCUUUUUUUCUUUCCUUAUGUAUCCUUAAAUGUUUUUGUGUGUUUUAUUUCUUCACUUCUGUAUUAUUUGCUGUGUAAUAUAAUUAAGUUUAUCUAAUUUAGUUAAGAAAAAAAUUAAAUCGCCUUGACUAGUAUCUGGUCACAGAAUAUCGCGUAUAUAGAAAAGAAAGUAAAAUGAAAGUGUGAAAGUGUGAAGUGAUUUGAGAUCAAGUAUCACAAAUCUUAAACAAAGAAAAUACAAAUCAACUAAGGAUGAAAUAAUUUGAACCUGAUUUCCAAUUUAACCUGUCAGCAUGUACAUGUAAGUGUAGAUGAUAUUUAAUAUUUUAUUAUUAUUAAGAAUUCAUGCAGUGGUAAUGCUAUUUUUUUAUAUGUUUACAUUUUGUACUUAUGCUUUGAUUGUGUUAAUUGCAGUGCCAUUGUUUCUUGUGUGGAUUCAGGAUUGUUGCAGAUAUGGAAAGAUCAUGAAAAUCCUGUAAGUGUUUAGUUUUCCAAUUAAGGUACAAAUGGUUCAAGUUGUUAUAAUUAUACUCUGUCAUAGAACACUGAUGCUUUGCUUAAAAAUAUUACUUAAAAAAAAAACAAGGAUAUAAUUAUUUUACUAAUUUUUAUCUGUUUUUGUUUUGAUCAGUAAUAUGUUGAAACACUUUCAUUUUGUAAGACAAUGUGAAUAGAAAGAGAUUGUGUAGAGUGGCUCUCAAGUUCUGUGAGCAUUUUUUUAUAGCUUUUAUUAGUACUGCUUAGAUAGAGUACUGAAUUUUUGGCCUGAGACCCAAAAUUUAUACAUGAAUUGUUACACGUGUAUGACAUAGUAGGGGUUUCAUUUAAAGCCAGUUACCAGUGGUCUACUGCCACCCAUAAGACCUCUUGCUGUUUCACCUUACUGCCCCUUUCCUGCCACUAAGCAAUGACUUAUGCUUGCCAACCGUAGUUAAAACCAGUAUUAUAACAGUAAUUCAAAAACCUUUUUAACUAUUUUAUUAGAUAGACAUUAAAGUUGGAAGCCAUGUGUCUGCUGUGCGGCAGAACUCUCUGUGUCCAUCUCAAGUAGGGACAGGUGGACAGAAAAAUGACUUGAAACUCUGGGACCUGAACAGACCUGGGGAGCCAACUUUCAGAGCUAAGAAUGUACUUUACACCUUUUACUUCACUUUUUAAUGUUUUUGUAACCAUAUGUCACAGAAUUAUUGGCAAUUUAGGUUGCAGUCAUUGACCAUGGCCAUGCAUUGUUUUUGUGGCAAAUGAUAAUUGAGGUGCCAAGCAGAAGCAUCAGAGUCCUUGUCAAUUGGGGAGCAAUCACUGUCAAGUUUUUUUCAUUUAAUCAUUUAAAUGGAUAUUUACGUGUAUAAUCAUUUGUAACUAGUAAGCAAAUAAUUAUUUAGACUUUUCACACACACACACACAAGUGCACACAUUGAUGUUUUCUUUGCUUUUUGAAAGAUUUUCUAUACCACAUAGUGUGGUGCAGCAAAACCAAAUGAGUACAAUCUCAAAUCACUUUGAUGGUCCAUUGAAAAUGUUUUAAUUCUGAAUAACAAACCCAGCAAAUCCAAGAAACCAUAAAUAAAAAGCUCAUGAAUGUGCAUUUACAGUGUAUUUCUGUGAUCUUUGAUUUAUUAAAUGGAAUUCCAUAUUGUUCAAGUAAUCCUGGGAACUUUCCAACUUUUCCUUCAGGUGCCAAAUGACUUCCUGGACCUUCAAGUUCCCAUCUGGGUGUGUGACCUUGGCUUUCUUCCUAGUCAAGGAUCACAUUCCAAGGUUGUAGUUGGAACAGGAUAUCAUCAGGUGCGACUCUAUGACACCAAGGCACAGCGACGUCCAGUACUUAGCUUUGACUUUGGAGAGUCUCCAAUCUCAGCAUUAGCUGUGACAGAUGAUGAAAAGUAAGACUUUUUUUUUGUCUUUACCUCUGAGUGUGGGGAUUUUAAAUUUUUUUGUACAAAGGGGACCUCCAGCCACUGUUGAUUGUAAAGAUAACUGCAUCAUCAAUUAGAAGUUUCAGGCCAGAUAGGUCAAUUUUUAAAUCUAAUCUACUGUUGUUAUACAUACAUCUAAUACAGCAUCUAAUUUCCCCUUACAGUAAGACAACUGAAUCAUUCAUUAAGAUCAUGAGAAUAAAGGGAAUGAUCACCAACCAAAGAAGCUUUGAUUGCUAAACAAAUUCUCCUUGUCAGUGCUAAAGGAAAUGUAUAGAGAAGAGUAUGGAGACUUGGGAUACUGAUGUUGGGGUGUAAAGGGUUAAGAACGUGGUUUUUUUCAGUCAUUAACCCUCGCAAGUCAAGGAAUUGUUCUCAAGUUUAAGACAUCUCUAGUUCUAGUUUAAGAUAAUACCACUUUACCAUAAUCUCUUUUGUGGCAAUGAUGUUAUUACUUGUGCCUUUAUUUUUAAUGUAUAAGAGAACAUCAUUGUGGUAAAGAAAAGAUUUAUCUUGUUUUCUUUGUUCUUUACCCAUCAGUGUUGUUAUUGUGGGGAAUACAGUUGGAACAAUGGGAAGCAUUGACCUGAGAAAGGGUGAGAACAAUUGGGGUUUAAAAUUUUAACUAAUUUCUAUGUGAAGGUUUGUUACACUAUGUAUUUGCUUCACUGAUGUGGUUAUAACAGGUGAUCGUUACCACCUGAGGUAAUUCCAAUUAUCCCAGAGCUAUUUUCGAUUGAGUUUCAAAGGUGAUCCUGGAUUGCUUUGGUUUUGCUUUACUUUGCUCUGUGAUUGGUCCAGAAAACCUAUGCCACAAUCUCAACCAAUCAAAUACAAAACUAAAACCAAUCUCCAUUCGGUCACUCGCGUUUUCCCGCGCUUCAAGCAGGUUGCCUGUUUUACUUUGAGUUCUCAUUGGUUACCUUGUUCUGUUUGGAGGCUGUGGUUACUUUGGUGUUAGAUUUUCGUACCUUAGUGGAAAACUGCUAUAUUUUCACCCAAAUGUUAUCCCCCUCUUCUCCCCAGCAUUUCAUCAGAUUUCCCUGACAAUUUGCCGGAAACCCAUUUAUACUCUGGGGUAAAAAGAGGCAUUGUGCGACUAAACUGCGUGUUCUGCCCAAAAACACAACACACUGAUCCAGUCGGGUCAUGGCCCAGACUUCUUGACCCGGAGUCUAGUGCACCAGGAGCCCAUUAAUUUACAUUAGUAAUGGGCUCCUGCAUGGGCUCCUGGCUCCUGAGUGCACUAACCACAAUGAGUGUGGAGUAUCAAUAUUUAAUUCUCAAGUUUUCAAUUUUUGUCUUCCAAUUCCUUUUCAUCAUUGAAAGAAAUAUUUAAAGAAGGCUAUUGAUGGAACAAUGAUUUUGGACUCAUUCUCUUUCUAUUAUCUUUUCAACUCUUCCCAUUUCGUUUUGAGCUCUUAUCCCUCUCUGCUGUCACGCUUUUCUCCAGAGCGGUUGCGUGACGAUAUACUCAGUUACUUACUACCGAAAUGAUUUGAACAAUAUUCACUCGUUGCUGUACACGGGUUUGGGAGUAAGGAUUUAGAUGAGGACAGGCACUCGAGAAUUAAUUGUCGAUGUCUUAUCAAGAAAAAUGUUGCAUCGUUUGAUAUGAAACCAAUUUGUUCAUUCCAGGUCAACUUAAGGGUCAUUUUAAAGGUUUUGCAGGUGGAAUUCGCUGUAUUUCGUGUCUUGAUAAACAGCAGAUGGUAGUUUCUUGUGGACUCGAUAAGUUUCUUCGCGUUCAUCAUCUCCAUAAUAGAAAACUUCUUCAUAAGGUAGGCUUAUCAUGUUCCUGGCAAAUUCUUAGCUUUAGUAGUGACGAAAAAUGCACAGUUUAUUUUGGCGGUUUGCAAUUUGCGAUCUGUGGCCUUUUCUAUGUUUGCCGAGAAGUUUUUUUUAAGGAUUAAGAAUUUUUCUUUUCUUGUAUGUAUUUAUUCAUUCAUUUUUUUUGGAAAUUGGGCUUGUGAAACGCCAAUAGUGAGAGGUUUUUGGUUUACUCUUUUAACUAUAGAAAAGAGCUCCGUUUAUGUCUCUCUCUUUUGCCUCUCUGCUUCAAGAACUAUGGUUUGUUUACUUUCAUUGACAUGCAAUAAGAUUUUCUCUCCUGGAGGUGUAUCAGGUUUACCUUACUUGCAAUCGUCCCGUAACAUUAUUUUUGGUUUCAUGGUGUCUAGUACGUCACCUUUUAAGUCUCUAUUUUAAAACAUUUUUAUUUGUAGUUUGUUCUGCAAGUUUUGGCACGAAAGUUUGUUACUGUUAAGGGUUCAAUCCUCAGAUCACUGUCGUCGAGUGUACACGUAGCAGUAAUGUUACGACUUAGCAUUUGGUGGGGGCAUGCCACGGCUUUUUCACAAAUGUUGUCUGAUUUAUCACUAUUUACCUCUUUAUUAUCUUUUUGAUUGCAGAUAUACUUGAAAUCUGUCCUUAAUUGCUUAUUGAUUUCAGCCAAGGAGAUAGAAAAACAGGUUCCUAGUAAAACCAUUUCAUUAUACACUCAAUUACAAAAACGUUGACACCUUAGAAGCGUUUGUUAUGGACGAUUAAUUACAUUUAAACCUUUCCCAAUCGCGUCUUGGUUCAGCGCGUUUUCCCGCGCAUCAAGCAAUUUACUUGUUUUUACUUUAUAUUCCUAUUGGCUCCUUUUGAUGUCCUUUAAUUCUGAUUGGUUGUUGUGAUCAGUUUGGUUUAUGUUUUACGACACUCAGUCGAAAUGCGCUUAAAAAAAAAAAGAUUUGAAUAAUUAAUACAGUAAAUCAUUUAUUUUAUAUCUGUGCGAACUUUUCCCAUGAAGUCGUUGGGUCUCAUCGCUCAUGGAUUGUCAAUAUCUAGGUGUCAUUGUUUCUCCAAUCGUGUGUCUAAAUCGUUGUCAUUGAUAAUUGGUUUAAAACUGGCUUAGGAAUAUCAUUUUUCGUGUUGUGUGAUCGUGUGAUUUGGUUAGUUUUGAGAGGCACUGUUGUGGGUCUUAGCUCCUAGGGGUCAAAAACUUUAUCAGGUAGCGGCAAGGAAGAAAAAUUUUGUUGAUAUAAUACAUCUUGGUUUGAUUGGUCAGUUUUUCAGUCAUGUAAUUGGCACUACGACUUCAUUAAAGAUUAUAAAAGGAUCGGACAUGGUGACCAAUACCUGAAUUGUUGGCCUCCAACUCUUAAAUAACCUAUUGAGAAUUCUGAUGAAAUAACAGGGACUAAAGAGCUGGGUAAGAAUUGAAUAGAACCCAAUUGGAUAAUGCAAAAACUUGACCCCGUAAAAUUGGUACCCCUACCCUUUGGAUUUUUUUUAACCGUAGUUCUAGCGACUCUUCAGACUGAGCUACGGAACACGGCAAACAGCAGCAACUGCCUUUGAUAUGAAAUUGUCUUUUGUUGCAGAAUACAAAACACACAGAUCGCGGUGAUACUGCCGACCUUUUGAAAAGAUCGUCUGAAAGAGCAGCACGAGGUGAAGACAGCGAAGACGAAGAUGACGACAUAUGGGACAAGAUGGAGGUUGUUACAACUGGCAGUAAAAGGAAAAGAAGCGAAAAAAGUGAGACUUCAGUGAACUGA